GGUCCUUACUGUCUCCUUUGCCUGAUUUUCUCCAGAACCUUCCAACAUACUACAUCAUUUAAUUAUUUAUUUUGCUGUCUGCCUCCUAAGCUCCAGGAGGGCAGGGAUUUUGGUCUGUCUUGCUCACUUAGAAAUUUCCCACACAGUUACCUGGCACAUAGUAGAUGCUCAAUGAGUAUUUGUUGACCUGAGUUGCAUUCUGGGUAGACACGGUCAGGGACCUGUGGGGUAGGGGUUGCUCUUGGUGAAAUAAGUGUAUGUCUUACAGAGCCGACUGCCUGCCCAGCCCUGGAGAUCUUGACUGACAGGUGCCAAUAUUAGGGGCUGACUCCUGGGAGGACCCACUCCCCCAGUAACCCUGCACAUGGGAUAGGGAGGCACUUUAAGUCCUGGCUUCUUCUGAGAUAAAGAGCCAGUAUAUCUUGAUACUACACUUGAUCUUAGCCAAAAGGCCAAGAAGUGACAGCCAGUACACCUUGAAAGACUUUGAAUGACAACAACAACAAUAAUAACAAUAGCAGUGACAGCUACCAUUUAUGGUUGCUGGUCAUUUUCCCUUGGGUCUGUGUUAAGUGCUUUGCAGUGAAUAUCUCACUUAAUUUCAGAUCAUUCUGAGACCCAUGUUAUACCAUAUUGUACCCAUUUUAAAAAUGGCGAAAACUGAGGCUCAGAGACUGUUAACGACGACAGCCCCACCGUCUCCCAUCAUUUCCUCCAGUCCAGUGCAUAGCAGAUGGUCAGUAAACAAGACGCAUUUUUUGUAAGAGGGUGGGAAACGGGGCGUCGGAUAAGGAGAGUGGGGGGCCCCCUCUGGAAACUCAGGCACUGGAUGUGCAGCACCGACCCUACCACCGGCGACCUCGGCUGCUCGGCUGUGCCGCGGCUUUCCGGAGGGGUGGGGCGAGCGCAGCCAGUCCUGACGUCGGGCGCCCUGCGGCCGUCACUCGGCGCUCGGCCCCGCCCCGCGGCCGCCGCCGCAGCAGCAGCCACAGCGCCCAGGCCAGAGCUACGGCCGCCGCCGCCGCCGCCGCCGCCCGGGACUCGGAACACCGCGCGGAGCCAUGGCUUCGAGGCGGAGACCCGGCAGAGGCUGCUGCGCACCGUCAAGAAGGAGGUGAAGCAGAUCAUGGAGGAAGCUGUCACACGCAAAUUUGUCCAUGAAGACAGCAGCCACAUCAUCUCCUUCUGUGCGGCUGUGGAGGCCUGCGUCCUGCAUGGGCUUCGGCGGCGGGCGGCUGGCUUCCUGCGCAGCAACAAGAUCGCGGCUCUCUUCAUGAAAGUGGGCAAGAGCUUCCCACCAGCUGAGGAGCUGAGCCACAAGGUCCAGGACCUGGAGCAGCUUAUCGAGAACACGAGAAACCAGAUCCAGGGCCUCCAGGAGAAUGUGCGGAAGCUGCCGAAGCUGCACAACCUGUCCCCACUCGCCAUCACAAUCCGCACCGCAUUGUUUGAGAAGGUCCUGGACAAAAUUGUGCAUUACCUUGUGGAAAACAGCAGUAAAUACUACGAGAAGGAAGCUCUCUUGAUGGACCCUGUGGAUGGCCCCAUCCUUGCAUCUUUACUGGUGGGGCCCUGUGCCCUCGAGUACACCAAGAUGAAGACUUCAGAUCACUUCUGGACCGAUCCCUCAGCCGAUGAGCUAGUCCAGAGGCACCGCAUACACAGCUCGCGCCUGCGGCAGGACUCACCCACCAAGAGGCCAGCCCUCUGUAUCCAGAAGAGGCACUCAAGUGACAGCAUGGAUGACCGGCCAUCCCUCUCUGCCCGCGACUAUGUGGAGUCUCUACACCAGAACUCCCGUGCCACCCUGCUCUAUGGCAAGAACAACGUUCUGGUUCAGCCGAGGGACGAUAUGGAGUCUGUGCCAGGGUACCUGUCCCUGCACCAGACAGCUGACGUCAUGACCUUGAAGUGGACGCCCAACCAGCUGAUGAAUGGAUCCGUGGGGGACCUGGACUAUGAGAAGAGCGUCUACUAGGACUAUGCCAUGACUAUCUGCUCAGAGGAGAUUGUCUACCUGCACUGCCACCAGCAAGUCGACAGUGGUGGGACCGUGGUGCUGGUCAGCCAGGAUGGGAUCCAGAGGCCACCUUUCUGCUUCCCCAAGGGCGGGCACCUCCUGCAGUUCCUCUCAUGCCUGGAGAACGGGCUGCUUCCACACGGGCAGCUGGACCCGCUGCUGUGGUCCCAGCGGGGGAAGGGCAAAGUGUUCCCUAAGCUGCGCAAGCGAAGCCCUCAAGGUUCUGCUGAGUCCACGUCUUCAGACAAGGAAGAUGACGAGGCCACAGAUUACGUGUUCCGGAUCAUCUAUCCUGGCAUGCAGUCUGAAUUCGUGCCCCAGGAUCUGAUGGAAGUCUCAGUAAGCAACCUCCCAUCCCUGUGGCAACCCAGUCCCCGGAAAUCCUCUUGUUCAUCCUGUUCACAGAGUGGCUCAGCUGAUGGCAGCUUAACCAAUGGUUGCAACCAUGAAAGGGCUCCCCUGAAACUUCUCUGUGACAACAUGAAGUACCAGAUCCUUUCCAGAGCCUUCUAUGGAUGGCUUGCCUACUGCAGACACUUGUCCACCAUGAGGACCCACUUGUCAGCCCUGGUCAAUCACAUGAUCGUGUCUCCAGACUUGCCCUGUGAUGCUGGACAGGGACUGACGGCCGGGAUCUGGGAGCAGUACCUUCAGGACAGCACAAGUUACGAACCGCAGGAGCUGCUGCCUCUCAUUUACUACGGAGGCAUCCAGCCGGAGAUCCGCAAGGCCGUGUGGCCCUUCCUCCUGGGCCACUACCAGUUCGGGAUGACAGAAACAGAAAGAAAGGAGGUGGAUGAGCAGAUUCGUGCCUGCUAUGCACAGACCAUGGCCGAGUGGCUGGGCUGCGAAGCAAUCGUGCGACAGAGGGAGCGGGAGUCACAUGCUGCAGCUCUGGCCAAAUGCUCCUCGGGAGCCAGCCUAGACAGCCACCUGCACCGAAUGAUGCACAGAGACUCCACCAUCAGCAAUGAGUCCUCCCAGAGCUGCAGCUCGGGCCACCAGAACAUCCGCCUGCACAGUGACUCCAGCAGCAGCACACAGGUGUUUGAGUCUGUUGAUGAGGUGGAGCAGGUGGAAACUGAAGGCAGGUUGGAAGGGAAACAGCCCAAGAUCCCGAAUGGGAACCUGGUGAAUGGCACUUGUUCCCCAGACUCUGGGCAUCCCUCCUCCCAUAACUUCUCCUCGGGCCUCUCGGAGCACUUGGAGCCCAGUCUGAGCAUAGAAGACAGUGUCCUGGAUGCCCAGCGGAAUAUCCCCCCAGUGCUGCAACCCAGGGACAGCAGCAUGGAUGACAGGCAGAGCAGUGAGGCCACCACUUCCCAAGGCGAGGCUCGUGAGGAGCUGGCUGUGCAGGACAGCCUGGAGAGUGACCUCCUUGCCAACGAGAGCAUGGAUGAGUUCAUGUCCAUCACUGGCAGCAUGGACGUGGCCCUGCCUGAAAAGGAUGAUACUGGGAUGGAGAGCUGGCGGGGCAGCGAGGCAGAGAAACAUAGCCAGAUGGACAGUGAGGACAACCUCUCAGAGGAGCCUGAGAUGGAAAGCCUCUUCCCUGCGCUGGCUUCUCUGGUUGUGACCACUUCUGCCAACAAUGAGGUGUCCCCUGUGUCGUCCAGUGGUGUCACCUACUCUCCAGAGCUGCUGGACCUAUAUACAGUGAAUCUGCAUCGCAUCGAGAAGGAUGUGCAGAGGUGUGACCGCAACUACUGGUACUUCACCCCUGCCAACUUGGAGAAGCUGUGCAACAUCAUGUGCAGCUACGUCUGGCAGCACAUUGAGAUAGACUAUGUCCAGGGCAUGUGUGACCUUCUGGCUCCCCUGCUGGUCAUUCUGGAUGAUGAAGCCCUCGCCUUCAGCUGCUUCACAGAGCUCAUGAAGAGGAUGAACCAGAACUUCCCCCAUGGAGGCGCCAUGGACACGCACUUUGAAAACAUGAGGUCACUGAUCCAGAUCCUGGACUCAGAGCUAUUUGAGCUGAUGCAUCAGAAUGGGGACUACACUCACUUUUACUUCUGCUAUCGCUGGUUCCUGCUGGAUUUUAAGCGAGAACUCGUUUAUGAUGAUUUCUUCUCUGUCUGGGAGACUGUCUGGGCAGCCAAACAUGUCUCAUCCACCCACUAUGUCCUUUUCAUCGCACUGGCUCUGGUGGAAGUCUACUGAGACAUCAUUUUGGAAAACAACAUGGAUUUCACAGAUAUCAUCAAAUUCUUCAAUGAAAUGGCCGAGCGACACAACACCAAGCAAGUCCUGAAGCUGGCCCAGGACCUGGUGUACAAAGUGCAGACCCUGAUUGAGAACAAGUGAGGGGCACCUCGCCCGGGCAGUGCCAGCGAGCCACCCCCUGCCCGUCCCCUGCCCUCUUUUCUUCCCUGCCAGAGGCUAUCCCUGAAGCCAGGGCCUGGCGUCUGUUCAAGUGCACUGAGUUCUGUGCAAGAGAAACUAACCUGACUUUGGCUGCUGGGCGGAUGGGGUCGCGGGGUAUCCCUUCAGUUCAGCCUUAAACUUUCCGGGGUUUGACCAAAGAUUGCCUGGAAACGUCUGGCAUUUCUCCCUUGUGGGAGCUGGGGGUUGUUGGUGCCGUUCCUGGUCUCCAAAAGGAUGUCCUUUUCUUCUUUCUCCAUCUUUCCGAGCUGUCUUGUCAGAUGAGACUUUGGGAGGGAAUUUUUGCUUUGAAAUUGGUGUAGAAGAAGUCUAUGGGACUCUCUGCACUCUGAAAGGGCCCUUGGGAGAUGUUCCAGAACAUGGCCACAGACUGGCUCUGAGCAGGGUCUCUCCCCAUCAGUAUUACUGACAUUUGGGGCAGGUGAUUAUUUUGAGAGGGAUUGUCCUGUGUAUUGUAGGAUGUUGAGCAACACCUCUGACCUCUACCUAUAAGAUGCCAGUUGCACCAUUCCCUAUCCCUACCCUGGUUGUGACAAAAAAAAAAAAAAAAUGUCUCCAGACAUUGCCAGAUGUCCCCUGCAGGGCACAGUUGCCCCUAUUUGAGAACCACUGGCUUAGAGGAAGGCUACAAAUGUACCUCCCUCCCCACUGUCUUUGGGUCCUGCCCAAAGAGGUCAGGGCAGAAUCCACAUCCUGCUACCUUUGUCCAAGGGAGGACCUUGCCUCUUCUUCCACAUACUGAGUCUCGGAAAGGCAUGUGUUUGGUGAAAGCCUCUUGAUCAAGGAGGCUGGCUUUUCUCUAAGCUUACUCAGGACCUAGAAGGAAAAGGAAGGCAGAGGUCAGCCAGCGUAGAGUGUGGUAUGUGUUUUCCUUAGGAAACACCUGCUGAUGAACCGGGGCCAGGGAACAGCUAAAUCUGGGAACGGCCACCUCCACAUCUUCACACAGAGUCACCAAUCCACAGACUGCACAUGAACUAGUUUACUCUUUCUGCCUUCCUCUCCCUUUAGUAGAGCAGUCUUGACAAUUGCUCUGUUCUGAGAAUGGACCCAGAAUAGGAGGAAAUGGUGGACACCGGGGGAAAGGGUCUUUCCCAAUAGACCCUCUAGGGUGCUGAAAGAAUGUCAGGUAGGACUUUGGAGCGGGGACGAGAUAGGAAAUGCAGUCUCCUGAGGUGUUUGCAGAGGGGCAGUCCUCCACCCAGAGCAAACCAGGAUGGAAGGCAUCCCUGCCCUGUGUGCUUGUCAAGCUAUCUCUCUGCUGCAGCAACUGCAGCUUCGUCUGAACCCCCAGCCUCUGCCCUGAGAGGUGCAGGUGGGCAGAGGCCAUGUGGGGCCUUGCUCGAAGAGAACUCCCUCCCCGGGAGACUUGAAGCUACAGUAAUCUCACCAGUCCCACCUCUCGUUCCACCUCAGCAAAGCGAAAGGGACAUAGUCAAUGUUCUUGCUACUGUUACAGUUACAUCUGCCCCCCCGGCCCCCCAGCUUCCCCAGAUAGGAAGAAAGGUGCAAAAGGCCCCUCGGGAUGAAAGUCCUAUUUUGCCACUCAGCAGUUCUCUACAGAGGAUGUUAUUUUAGCAAGACCCAAGUCUCAGACCUUCUGAUUCUUUAUUUUUUUAACAGACUAGUCUUAAAGUACAGCACAAGAUGUCUUCUCUGCCUUCUGUGGUGUCUGGAGAGCAUCUGUGAUUGUGAUUUGGAAUAAUUCAUAUAUAUUUUGUUUAUCGUGCUUAUUCAGAUUUUUGUACAUGGUGUGUCUGUGUCCUGGAAUUGGAUGCGUGGGAAUUGUUCUGUGUAUGGAGUGCCCUCUUUUUUCCCAAUGUGCCCCAUAUAUCUUGUAAAUGUUUGCUGAAAAGUUGUGUCUAUAUAGAGAGAAAUAUAUAUAAACAGAGAAAUAAUGUCAAUCUGCUUUUUUUGUUGUGGUUGUUGUUUCAUUAUUAGGGGUUUUUCUUAAUUUUUUUUUUAAUUGGGAAGAAAGAAAUGUUUGCUUCUGAAGACUGUGUUCCUUCUCUUCCACCUUAGUGACCCCAGAUGGGGGUCAGCUUCUCAUGACGGUUGUCUGGCCUUUCCCCAGAAAGGUGAAUCACUCCACAUCCCUUGUAUCAGUCAGUUGUUACCACAGUGAUGCUGCAUAACAAACCACCCAAAACACAGUGGUUUAAAAUAGCCAUUUAUUUACCUCAUGAUUCUAUGGGUCAAAAGUCUGGGCUAGGUUCAGUUAGGAGGUUCUUCUGGUCUCAGACAGACUCCUUCAUGCAUCUGUGGUCAGCUGAUGGACAGAUAGGCAUCUCCAUUUCUGAUGGCUGUUGGCUGGGCCAGUGGAAGAAACGAGAUCAUGUGACUGUCAUCCUCCUGCAGGGUAGCUUUGGCCUGUUUGCAUGGC